AUGGCAUGUCUGAACGUGCUGACGAAACAAGAGGCCUCGCCGUGUGUGGAGAAGGAAGAGGUGAAGGUCGAAGUGGAGCGGUUCAUAGACCUGGCGCGGCAGAUGGAAGCGUUCUUUUUGCAGAAACGGUUUCUUCUAUCAGCAAUGAAGCCAGAACUACUCGUGAAAGAAGAUAACAAUGAACUCAAGUGUGAGUUACAAAGGAAAGAAGAAUUAUUAAGAAGGCAUUACGAUAAAAUUAGUCAGUGGCAGAAUUUAUUAGCCGAUUUACAGGGCCAUACACAGUACAACAAAUGUCAGCAACAAGCCCCCGCGCCGACACAGAUGCAACAAGCUGCUUCGCCGAUGCAACAGCCUUGUAGCGUACAGCAAAGUGUACAGGCACAACAAAUGGCAGCCGCGGCUGCAGCACAACAAGCCGCGCUGCAGCAACAGGCGUUGCAGCAACAGCAGAUGCAAAACAGCCUGGCUCAAGGCAUGUUCCUGACGGGGGGCCGCGGGGGAUACGCGGGCGCCGCGCUGCAGGGACCCCUCGCGUAUCUAGAGAAAACUGCCACUAAUAUAGACAUGGUGGGUCUGGGCGACGGGCGCAGG